UAUCGAUGCUCGCUUUUGUACUAGCGUCCUGAUUCCCGUAAUGGAAACAGAAAGGAGUGACAAGUUGUUGCAAGAAAAAGCAAGAAAGCAACUGGCAAAAGAUCUUAAGCCGAUUGAAAAGCUCAGAUACCAGUGUCUUUUACGUGGUGCAUCCGGGAUAGCUGGUAUAGGAAGACAAUUUCGAAUUAUUGAUGAUGACGGAAACAAAAAGCUUGAUUUCAAGGAAUUUUCGAAGGGGUGCAAAGACUUCGGUGUGGAUCUGUCCAAAGAUGAAAUUAAAGAGAUUUUUGAUGAAAUCGACGUAGAUCAGAGUGGAUUUAUUGAUUUUGAUGAGUUUCUUAUGUCUUUAAGAGUAAGAUUCAAUUAUUCGUUAAAGUGCAAGCCUCCUAUGAGCAAAUGUAGACUUGACGUACUGAACAAAGCAUUUCUGAAAAUGGAUAAGACGAAAGAUGGUGCAAUAACUAUUGAAGAUUUAAAAGGCGUGUAUAAUGUAAAAAACCAUCCAAAGUUUAUAAAUGGAGAAAAAACUGAAGAUGAAAUUUUAGUUGAAUUUUUAAAAACAUUUCAACCACAAAACAAUGCUGAUGAAGUUAUAACUCGUGAAGAAUUUUUCAAUUACUAUUCUGGUCUCAGUGCAUCUGUUGACAAUGACGCUUAUUUUGAUUUAAUGAUUCGAUGCUCUUUUAAAUUAUAAAUAACAAGUGUUAAUUAGUAAGUAAUUAGUAAGUAGGUAAGUAAAAAUGAACGGUUCAGUGCGAAACAGGCUAACAACAGAAAAGGAAAAUGCUUUAGUUUUUCGGUUUUGGUUAAACUAUUUUUCAUAUGUGUGUAUAGUAAAACAAAUUUAUAGUUUUAGUUAUUUUCUUUUCCUUUCGAAAAAGAUUCAAUAGAAAUCGUCUUUCCUGUUUAUUAUUAUUAUUAUUAUUAUUAUUAUUAUUAUUAUUAUUAUUAUUAUUAUUAUUACU